CACGGACGUUCCUACCUAUAACGCACACACACAUGCCGCAGUGAAGGUUAGGAACGAAUAUACAGAGCUAUUCUAGACGACACUAUGGGGCGGAAAAAUAUUAAGUCAAAUGUUGUGAACAACCACGGCACAGACGCCGUCUCGGUGCAGUCCUCAUCAUCCACACAGUCAAAUCAAUCAAUCCCAAGUGUGAUCACGCGCGACAACACGCGAAUGGGAUCGAUAUCUUCGAUUCAAUCUGAUAACAGCAUGGAUUUGCGUAGUAUAAAGAGCAUGAAUGACUCUGCGUUGAGUAUACGAGAUUUUUAUGCUGAAGAUGAGAGCACGGUUAUGGAGCGUGUGAGUAUAGUGCGACAACGUCUGCCAAAGGCAUGUACUGAGCUUGCUCAGGAGAGGUACGAAGAGUAUGUGCGGUGUGCAAAGAGAAAUCGUGUGCGCAAGAUGUUUUGGAUUGAUGGGGGCUAUGCUAUGAUGUAUGACGAAGCUCGAUUCAAUAAGGUGGACAGCAUACCGAGUCGGUUCAAGG